GCCGGGCGGCCUGGGUGGGGCCGGCGCCUGGGUUCGGCCCCCAGUCCCCGCGGCCUCUGAGCAGCCAUUGGCCGCGUCCCCGCCCCACUUCCCGCCCCGCCCCGCGUCCGGGAGGCACUUCCUUUGCGAAACCGCGCGGCCCCAGGCUCCAGCAGGAAAUGCUCUCUCGCCGUCCCCAGCCAGCCUUUGCUUGCUUCCCACGCCAGCCGCUAGAGGCCUCCCUGUCCUCGCGGACGCAGGAACUCGCCGGGGGCUGGAAAGAUGGGGCCCGCCUCACUCACCCCUUUCCCGGGGGUCGGGCGUUUCUGGAGCCCCCACCGCACACACCCAGGGAAGAAGGGGGAAAUGCUUCUCUCAAGUGUUGGUGCCUGCGCUCCAGCCUCCAGGCUGCCUCUUGGUGCCCCAGACGCUGAUCGGUCUCCGAGUCUGUGUGAGGGGGAGUCAGCGCUGUGUGAAACCGCCCUUUGUCCUCCUUCCACUACUUUUCUCUGGUAGAAAAGAUUCAAGAAGCACCCUGAAAAAACCUGCAGUUACCCAAGUCUCAGUUUUGGCCUGGACUGGACCACAAGAGCCCUUGGCUAUAUAAAUACCCAGUCUUCUCCGGUCUCUGCCCUCAUCCUCGGGUCCUGCUCUUAUUUCCUGCUCUCCAUGCAAACACUGAUCUUCCCAGAUUUGCAUCGCAGAGGCCAGAUAAACACGCAAAGGAGCUCCAGACUUUAAGACCACAGUGAGGCUUCCCCACCACCAUCACCCACACACCCUGUACCCACAUGAAGUUCAAGUCAACCGCAUGUAUCGGGUGCGUACUGUGUGCCAGGCACCGUGCCAGGACCAGGCUGUGCCUCUGCUCUCAGGGAACUCACACCCUAGGGUGGAGAAAAAGAAACGUGAAGAGAUGGUCACUGCAAUUCUGCAAAUGCAGCACGGGAGAACCAUGGAAGGCGGGCUCACUCACCAUGACCAAGCUGAGCGCCCAAGUCAAAGGAUCUCUCAACAUCACCACCCCAGGGCUGCAGAUAUGGAGGAUCGAGGCCAUGCAGAUGGUGCCUGUUCCUUCCAGCACCUUUGGAAGCUUCUUCGAUGGUGACUGCUACAUCAUCCUGGCUAUCCACAAGACAGCCAGCAACCUGUCCUAUGACAUCCACUACUGGAUUGGCCAGGACUCAUCCCUGGAUGAGCAGGGGGCAGCUGCCAUCUAUACCACACAGAUGGAUGACUUCCUGAAGGGCCGGGCUGUGCAGCACCGUGAGGUCCAGGGCAACGAGAGUGAGGCCUUCCGAGGCUACUUCAAGCAAGGCCUUGUGAUCCAGAAAGGGGGCGUGGCUUCUGGCAUGAAGCACGUGGAAACCAACUCCUAUGACGUCCAGAGGCUGCUGCAUGUCAAGGGCAAGAGGAACGUGGUAGCUGGAGAGGUAGAGAUGUCCUGGAAGAGUUUCAACCGAGGGGAUGUUUUCCUCCUGGACCUUGGGAAGCUUAUCAUCCAGUGGAAUGGACCUGAAAGCAAUCGUAUGGAGAGACUCAGGGGCAUGACUCUGGCCAAGGAGAUCCGAGACCAAGAGCGGGGAGGGCGCACCUAUGUAGGCGUGGUGGAUGGAGAGAAUGAAUCGGCAUCCCCGAAGCUGAUGGAGGUGAUGAACCACGUGCUGGGCAAGCGCAAGGAGCUGAAGGCGGCUGUGCCCGACACGGUGGUGGAGCCGGCACUCAAGGCUGCACUCAAACUGUACCAUGUGUCUGACUCCGAGGGGAAUCUGGUGGUGAGGGAAGUCGCCACGCGGCCGCUGACACAGGACCUGCUCAAUCAUGAGGACUGUUACAUCCUGGACCAGGGGGGCCUGAAGAUCUACGUGUGGAGAGGGAAGAAAGCCAAUGAGCAGGAGAAGAAGGGAGCCAUGAGCCAUGCGCUGAACUUCAUCAAAGCCAAGCAGUACCCACCAAGCACACAGGUGGAGGUGCAGAAUGAUGGGGCUGAGUCAGCCAUCUUUCAGCAGCUCUUCCAGAAGUGGACAGCGUCCAACCGGACCUCAGGCCUAAGCAAAACCCACACUGUGGGCUCCGUGGCCAAAGUGGAACAGGUGAAGUUCGAUGCCACAUCCAUGCAUGUCAAGCCUCAGGUGGCUGCCCAGCAGAAGAUGGUAGAUGAUGGGAGUGGGGAAGUGCAGGUGUGGCGCAUUGAGAACCUAGAGCUGGUACCUGUGGAUUCCAAGUGGCUAGGCCACUUCUAUGGGGGCGACUGCUACCUGCUGCUCUACACCUACCUCAUCGGCGAGAAGCAGCACUACCUGCUCUACAUCUGGCAGGGCAGCCAGGCCAGCCAAGAUGAAAUUACAGCAUCAGCUUAUCAAGCCGUCAUCCUGGACCAGAAGUACAAUGGUGAACCAGUCCAGAUCCGGGUCCCAAUGGGCAAGGAGCCACCUCAUCUUAUGUCCAUCUUCAAGGGACGCAUGGUGGUCUACCAGGGAGGUACCUCCCGAGCUAACAACUUGGAGCCCGGGCCCUCCACACGGCUGUUCCAGGUCCAGGGAACUGGCGCCAACAAUACCAAGGCCUUUGAGGUCCCAGCGCGGGCCAAUUUCCUCAAUUCCAAUGAUGUGUUUGUCCUCAAGACCCAGUCUUGCUGCUACCUAUGGUGUGGGAAGGGCUGUAGCGGGGACGAGCGGGAGAUGGCCAAGAUGGUUGCUGACACCAUCUCUCGGACGGAGAAGCAAGUGGUGGUGGAAGGGCAGGAGCCAGCCAACUUCUGGAUGGCCCUGGGUGGGAAGGCCCCCUAUGCCAACACCAAGAGACUACAGGAAGAAAACCUGGUCAUCACCCCCCGGCUCUUUGAAUGUUCCAACAAGACUGGGCGCUUCCUGGCCACAGAGAUCCCUGACUUCAAUCAGGAUGACUUGGAAGAGGAUGACGUGUUCCUACUAGAUGUCUGGGACCAGGUCUUCUUCUGGAUUGGGAAACAUGCCAACGAGGAGGAGAAGAAGGCCGCAGCAACCACUGCACAGGAAUACCUCAAGACCCAUCCCAGCGGGCGUGACCCCGAGACCCCCAUCAUUGUGGUGAAGCAGGGACACGAGCCCCCCACCUUCACAGGCUGGUUCCUGGCUUGGGAUCCCUUCAAGUGGAGUAACACCAAAUCCUAUGAGGACCUGAAGGUGGAGCUUGGCAACUCUAGGGACUGGAGCCAGAUCACUGCUGAGGUCACAAGCCCCAAAGUGGAUGUGUUCAAUGCUAACAGCAACCUCAGUUCUGGGCCUCUGCCCGUCUUCCCCCUGGAGCAGCUAGUGAACAAGCCUGUAGAGGAGCUCCCCAAGGGUGUGGACCCCAGCAGGAAGGAGGAACACCUGUCCCUUGAAGAUUUCACUCAGGCCUUUGGGAUGACUCCAGCUGCCUUCUCCGCUCUGCCUCGAUGGAAGCAACAAAACCUCAAGAAAGAAAAAGGACUAUUUUGAGAAGAGUAGCUGUGGUUGUAAAGCAGUACCCUACUCUGAUUGUGGGGUCUCAUUUUCUCACCAAUAUUAGUCCUACGCCAAUUGAAGUGAAAUUUUGCAGUUGUGUCUAUAAGCACAAACUUCUGUGGCAUAUGCCAGUUUUGUUUAAUAAGGUACCUAUUCCUUCAGAGAGAUGAUACCCCAAAAGGAACCUAUGGUCCUCAUUUCAACUUCUAAGAAGGUCGCUAGAUUGUUUCUAUCCUGAGGUAUUGCAUCAAUUUUAAUACUCCUAUAGUUUUCUCUUCUCGGAAGAGCACAAACACUCCAUGGAACAUUAGAGUUCUGAGGCACUACCCUAGCUUGUCCUCUAUCAUGGCUCAUUUUUAUCUAUGGCAGGUAGGCUGAAGCAUUUUGCAGGUUUACAUCUUCCCCAGAGUAGCAGCUUUUCCUUUUCACAUAUACUUUCCUUACUGCCUUACUCAGUGGGUAAGUUAAAGGGCUGAAGGAGAGUUGAAUGGUCCACAAGAAAGACUACCCUCUUAGGAGGUUUCACAAAUUCCAAACAGUACCAGUGAGAGCAGCACAUCCACUGGGGCUAGGCUUGAGACCUAAAGGCAAGUAUGAAAUGCAUAUGCUAUUUCACUCCCUCUCCCAACCCGUAAUAAUAAGACAAAGGAAGAGCCUAGUGAAGGCCAAUGCUAGGUUUACAAACUUACCUAGAAGCCUCCGCAAAGCUUCACAGGCUCCUCAGAUGAAAAUAAAUAACAGGAAUCAAUGGGGACUACGGCCAAACACUGGUUUGCCAUUCUGUUCCUUUUAAGAAGUAACCGUGCUGCAAGGAAGCCCAUGUCAGAA